AUGGUCUUCUCCGCCCUGCUGCACUCCAGCCCCGUGCGGCCGGGCAACAAGCGCAAGCUGAGCUCCUCCUCGGCCAAGAGUGACACCAACCCCGAAUACAUUUGCGACGAUUCUCAACUCGGCGCCUGCCAGGAGGACGACGAGGCGCCCGACCUGCGAGACCUCAACGGCAGCCUGGAAGCCCUUGCCGUGGUCUUCCCCGAUGUCCAGGUCGAGGUGUUCCGCGAGAUGCUGUCCAACUUCUCUGAGGAAUCCAGGCUGGCAGUAGUCGCAGAUGCCCUGCUCAAAAACCGCGUCGGGUGGGUCAAAGGGCGCUGGAGGCAGCUCCAGCCUCAGGCAAGCGGCACCGCUUUGGUGCCCAAGUCAGAGAAGUUCAAGAGCCCCGAGUAUAUAGCUGCCGCCAAAGAACUGGCCUGGCACGAGUUCAAGGGCCUCUCGCGCUCGACAAUCAACGCCGUCCUCGCGGAAUCCAACUAUUCAUACCUGUCCGCAAGAAAGACCUUGGUCGACCUCUCCCAGAAGUCGUGGAGAUUUACUCUGUCCUCGCUUUUGUUGUAUAGAAGAAAGACGCUCUCAUCCACCGACACGGGCAACCUGGUUGUGUGGAAAUCUUCUGGCCAGGGAUCCAUCGUGCCUUCACUGAAAUCUACGGGCAACGCGGAACUCGACCGGGAGUUGUUUGAAGAAUUGAUCGACCCGCUCAGGACCUCCGCGAGGGAGAAGACGGAAGAGAAGGACCGGGAGAUGGCAGCAGCCAUGAACCUGGACGAGGCAGAGAGGGAGAACCAAACCCACGAGUGCUGCUGCUGCUUCACCGCCGGCUCAUUCGAGGACUUCACCACGUGCAAUACCAACGGUCAUAUGAUAUGUCGCAGAUGCGUUCAGCUGUCCGUCACCGAGGCGGUCUUCGGACAAAGUUGGGCCAAGACCAUCGAGCCGCAGACCGGCACCCUCAGGUGUCCGGCGAUGCCCGAGAACGCCAACUCGGACUCGUGCGACAGCUGCAUCUCAUUUGACCAGAUGCACAGGGCAAUGCUCGAGGUGAAAAAGGGUGCCGAGAUCAUGCGCAAGUUCGAUCAACGGCUGGCCGAGUACAGUCUCCUGGCGUCUGGGCUCCCCUUGGCACGAUGUCCGUUCUGCGACUACGCGGAGGUGGACGACGUGUACCUCACGUCGAGGGAGCUGCAACCCCGCUUUGGGGCUGACGGACCAAGCAACGGCCUCCUGAGGACGUUGAACGCUAUUGCGUGGUUCCCCAUUCUCGUGAUCCUUGGCCUGGCUUACCUUCUCAUUGCUCUACUGGGAGCGAUGGAGCUGCCGUUUGGGAAGAGAGUGCUCGAAGAGUUCAAUGCGUCGCUGAAGCGUCACAGCCGACGCCAACGCGGGCUCAAGUUCACCUGCCAGUCGCCGGACUGUGGGCGCAGCUCCUGCCUUCACUGCGAAAAGGAGUGGAUCGACAUCCACGUGUGCAACGAGUCCAGCCUGAUCGCCCUCCGCACCCAGGUCGAGCAGGCGAUGAGCAUGGCUGUGAAGCGGGUUUGUCCCAAGUGCAACGCCUCAUUUGUCAAGACGGCCGGGUGCAACAAGAUGACGUGCCAGUGUGGCUACAAGAUGUGCUACGUCUGCCGCAAGGACAUUGGCGGCAAGGAAGGCGGUGACGCGGGCUACCAGCACUUCUGUCAGCACUUUAGGCCCGAGGGCGACGGGAGGCCAUGCAAUUCGUGCAACAAGUGCAACCUCUGGCAGAAGGAGGACACGGAUGAUCUCCUGCAGAAGGCCAAGGAGGAGGCCGAACAGAAGUGGAAGGAGGUCGAGCACCGCAAGCUAAGCGGUGCCGAGCUGGCCUAUCUCGAGACUGGCAUUGCCAGCACGAGCCGGGGCGUCGAGGCGGCCCUGACCAACGGAAGGGUGCCUACGGUCACGGAGGUGUGCGACAUGGUCGUGGGCACACUCUUCGGGCACUGA